AUGGGGACGGAUUACACUACACUGAAAAGAGAGACACUGAAAGAACUGCUGGAAGCCAGAGGGAAGAUAGCUAGCAACAAGUCGAAAGCCGUGCUGAUCGCCGAACUGAUGGAUCGAGACAGAGCUCACAACAGCACACCAGCCAGGGAGGAAACCCCAUACCAAAGGGAGAUGCGAACCCGGAUGGAGUUUUUACCCCAGCCAGUAUACCUGGAAAUCUUGACGGUCCUGAUGGCGGAUGUGCAGGAGUACGUGAUGGCACACUACCCACAGGAGGCACCGUCCAGGGCAGAAUCCAUCACUGCCUCCAUCUACGGUCAGGUAA